GAGAGAGAGAGAGAGAGAGAGCUGAGCUUCAAGCCUUCAAGUUGAAUAGAGUGGAAUCAAACCAGAUUGCUGAAUUGCCAAAAGUAAGCGGAAUAUCUAUAGAGUGAAGCCAUAACCAAGGAUGCAGUGAAGCUGUUAGAACAAUAUUUGCCCCCCUUGGAAUUUGAGAAGACAAGUUUUCUGUAUCUGUUUCCUGUUUAAUUAAGGCUAAAGAUGGGCUCUACACAUAGCACCAAAGUGGCUUUUUCCCUACUUCUCACGGCUCUCAUUUGGGCAUUGGCAUUCAACCAAAUUGAAGGACGACCAACGACCAUUGUCACAUCUACAAGUACUCCUCACUCCGGUAGGAGUUUGCUUCAAGCAGUAAAUGUCUCCGAAUCCCUGAGCAAUUCAGAUGACACUGUAAGGGUAGAUCCCCUAGAUAGUUUCAAAAAAUACAGAGGAGGAUAUGACAUUACAAACAAGCAUUAUUGGAGUUCAACAAUAUACACAGGAAUACCUGGAUAUGCCAUUGGGGUGUUAUGGCUUUUGUGUGGCUUGGUAUAUGGGGGAUUUCUGCUGGCAACCACUUUUUGUUGCAAAAAUAACAACAGAAAGUUGAAGAAGAGAUCACCUUGUCAAAAGCAGUAUAACCUCUGGCAUGCAGUUUUGGCAGCAUUCUUUGCAGUCUUGGCAAUAGUUGCGACUGGCUUAGUUCUGGGAGGGAAUGCAAAAUUCCAUUCAAGAGCAAAAACAGUGGUAAACAUUAUCAUUGAUACAGCAAAUGAUGCAACCGAAACCAUAUACAACACAACUGGAGCAAUGAGAGGCAUGAGUAUCAACUUGGAAGUAUCUAAUGCAAAUAGUCAGGCUUCUGGCUUCCUUACCACCACUUCCCAGAAGCUCGACUCUCAAGCUGCAGAUAUACAAAGACAAGCCAAGAAGAACCGGAAAUCAAUUGAUAAGGGCUUGAAGAUAGUGUAUAUAUUGACCACAGUGACAAUCUCAUUCAACCUGAUUGCUGUGCUUGCCCUAUCAGUAUUUGGAAUCCUGAAAGUACGACAGGCACUCAAGGCCUUUUUGGUAAUCUGUUGGUUGCUCACGGUCCUAUGCUGGCUGUUCUUUGGAGUCUACUUCUUCCUAGAAAAGUUCGAGGGAGAUACCUGCACAGCUCUUGAAGAUUUCCAAAAGGAUCCUUAUAAUAGCAGCUUGAGCUCAAUCCUCCCCUGCAAUGAACUGCUUUCAGCAAAAUCUCUACUGUAUGAUGUCAGCGAAGGGAUUUACGACCUAGUCAAUGAGGUGAACGCAAACAUAUCAGCAUCGUAUUCCAACAUCUUUCAAGUCUGCAAUCCUUUCUCAGCACCUCCGGAGUAUACAUACCAACCAGACAACUGUCCAGCUAAUACUAUCAAGAUAGGAGACAUCCCUCAGCUAUUGAAGACGAUAUCCUGUUCUGAUACAAGUACCUGCCAAGGAGGAUUAAUAAUCCCUGCUACGGACUUACAAACAGUAGAGGCCUACACAAUUUCACUCCAGAACAUUAUCAAUGUCUAUCCGGGAAUGGAGAACUUGGUUGAAUGUCAGUCGGUAGCGCAAGCAUUUACAGAAAUACUUCACAAUCACUGCAAACCACUGAAGAGAUACACGCGCAUGGUAUGGGCCGCGCUCGUGUUUCUGUCAGUGAUUAUGGUGGCUUUGGUUCUGAUAUGGACAGACGAAGCUCAUCAUCAGCAAAAGCAUCAUUUUUCAAACAGUUCGGUGAAGCCUCAUUCCAUGGCAGCAGAAAUGAUGGAAGCCGGAGUAACUAAAUCGACUAAAGACGACUCAAAUCCUAAUCCAGUCCUGUAAAUACAGAGCGAAUUCUCUAGAUUACACUCUAGAAAGAUAUAAAGAUUCAUCAUUUAAAGCAAGAGAAGGAAACAAAUCACAUGGACAAGAAAAUUAUACAAUUGGAGAAGCAUUUGUAGGAGGAGUUAGAUUUAGGUCUGAUCCAUAACAAAUUUUUUUGUUAUAGUGAUGCACAAUAUCGAUACCUAUAUAUUGUACUCUAUAGAAAGCCUAACACGGGGACAAACCCCUCAAUGGCUCGUCAGGAUAUUUCAAGUAAUGAUUUAUUUCACAAUUCACAUUGUUUAACUUCUUUUUCACCAGA